AUGGGUCUCUUCAGCCACCACCACCACGACAAGCACGAUAAGCACCACGAUCACAAGCACCACGAGAGCCACAGCCACCAGCAGGGUCACCAGCAAGGCCCCGGCGGUCCUGGCGGUCCCGGCGGUCCCGGCGGCCCUGGAUUUGGAGGACCUCAGGGUGGAUUCCAAGGACAGCAGCACCACCACCAGGGUGGCCCUGGAGGCUUUGGUGGCCCUGGACAACACCAGGGUGGACAUGGCGGACAUGGCGGACAUGGUGGUCCCGGUGGUCCUCAGAGAGGACACGGCGGUUGGUAA